UAAAUGCUUUAAAGGUAGGAAAGGAAGAUACCAAAACCUUCCCACGAAUUAGAGAUAAAGAACCAGUUUUUGUGCAGUUCCCUACCUGACCAAGCUUUGCCAACCCCAACUCCUCCUUCUCAAGUAGUCUUUACCCACACCAAACAUAUAACUCCCAAAUAACCCCACAUGGGUUGAUUUUUGGCUUCCAUUCAUCAACCUACCUCAAUGCCGUCGUCCCACCGCGACCAUGGCCAGGCGGCCGAGUACCAGAACCAGAACCAGCACCAGAACCAGCACCAGCACCAGCACCAGCACCAGCACAGAAGAAAAUUGGUAAACACUCAUCAUAGCGGCAACACACACCCUUUGAUCUGGCUGGCGGCAAUUCUCUGCACAAUCAUAGCCAUAGGUGUUGUAGUAGCAGGCAUAGUGGUUUUCGUGGGUUACAUGGUGAUCCACCCCAGAAUCCCUGUGAUAAGCGUCACCAAGGCUCACCUUGACCUUCUAAGCAACGACUACGCGGGUCUUCUCCAAACACAACUCACCAUCAUCGUGGUGGCCCAGAACGGGAACGCCAGGGCCCAUUCAACCUUCUCUGACAUAAACUUCAACCUCAGCUACCAGGGCCAGCCGAUAGCAAGGAUGAUUGCCGAACCCUUUGAUGUUCCCAAGAACAGCUCCAAGACUCUGAACUACGUUGUUCGGUCUGCUUCCAUCCCUUUGACACCGGACCAGAUGGAGGAAGUGGAUGAGUCAUGGAAGCGUGACGUGAUAGGGUUUGACUUGAAGGGAAGCGCCAGAACAAGGUGGAGAGUAGGAGCCUUAGGUUCGGUUAAGUUCUGGAGCAACUUGGAGUGUGAACUCAAGUUUCGCCCUUCCAAUGGGAGUUACAUUAAGCAUUCACGCUGCACCUCUGAGUCCAAAUGAUUCUUAGUUCAUUUUUCCUUCUCUGUAAACACAAAUUUCCACAAAACAAAAACCAAACUCUUCCUUCUCUUUCUGCAUAUUUUCCCCCACAUAGAUUUUUACGGAUAAUAAAA